CACAGUCGAUCAAUCCCGUCAAUUCGUCACUCUUUUUGACACCAAUAUAAACUCAGCGCAAAUCAAUUCUCCGCCAAUCUCGAGCCCUCUACAUACACACACACACACACACACACACACACACACACACACACACACACACACACACACACACACAACAAAUCCAUAAACCACCCGUCAAUCAUUCAUCAUGCGUGUCUCUUCAGCUGCUGUCGUCGCCUCCCUGGCUGCCGGUGCCAUCGCGACCGAGUACAAGACCGUCGUUGUGACUGAGUAUGCCACUUACUGCCCUCAGGCCACUUCUCUGGCUGCCGGUCCCGGUACUGCCAGCCAGGGUAACCCCUCUGCUGCUCAGCCUUCCACCGUCACCAUCUCCGGCACUGCCUACACCUACAGCACUCCUCUGGUCACCUCCACUGUGACCCACUGCGACAAGUGCUCUGCCACCGCUGCUCCUGCCACUGAGACCGGUGUUGCUGUUGUCACUGGCACUGGUGCCACUCCCAGCACGGGCUCGGGCUCCGGCUCGGGCUCGGGCUCCGAAGCCUCCCCUAGCGGUGCUGAUGCCGUUGGCACUGGGCCUACCCCCAGCUCCGGUUCCGGCUCGACCCCCGGAUCCACUGGUUCUGAGACCUCCCCCAGCGGUGCCUCCUCUGGCAACACUGGUUCGAGUCCCAGCUCCGGCUCGGGUUCCUCCGGUUCUAGCACCGGCUCUGAGUCUUCCCCGAGCGGUGCUUCUUCCGGCAGCACUGGCUCUACCCCCAGCUCCGGCUCUGAGAUCUCCCCCAGCGGUGCUUCUGCCGUUAGCGGUGGUUCCCCCAAUGAAGGCUCCAGCUCCUCCGGCAGCUCCUCCGGAUCCUCCGGAUCCUCUGGAUCACCCGGUGCUGGUGCUUCCUCUCCCACGGAAUCUUCUCGACCCGCCCCGUGAUCCCCUCCGGCCGUCCUUCCUCCAAGCCCAUCCCCUCCGCCUCCGCCAGCCCCGUGGCCAGCGCUAGCUCCAGCUCCAGCUCCUCUUCCUCCAGCACCGGCUCCUCCCCCGAGGGUGUUUCCGCCCAGGGCACUGGCUCCAGCUCCGGUUCUGCCACCAGCCCCUCCGCCCCCGUCUUCACUGGCGGUGCU